GCCAGGCUCUCGCUCUGUCUACAGUUUUUCCAAAUGGCUCGCACAAAGCAGACGGCGCGCAAGUCGACCGGCGGCAAGGCCCCGCGCAAGCAGCUGGCCACCAAGGCGGCCCGCAAGAGCGCGCCGGCCACCGGCGGCGUCAAGAAGCCGCACCGCUACCGGCCCGGCACGGUGGCCCUGCGCGAGAUCCGGCGCUACCAGAAGUCCACCGAGCUGCUGAUCCGCAAGCUGCCGUUCCAGCGGCUGGUGCGCGAGAUCGCGCAGGACUUCAAGACCGACCUGCGCUUCCAGAGCUCGGCCGUGAUGGCGCUGCAGGAGGCGUGCGAGGCCUACCUGGUGGGGCUCUUCGAGGACACCAACCUGUGCGCCAUCCACGCCAAGCGCGUCACCAUCAUGCCCAAGGACAUCCAGCUGGCGCGCCGCAUCCGCGGGGAGAGGGCGUAAAACAAACUUCUGGUUGCAAAAGGCUCUUU